AUGUAUACUGUGAAAAAUGUUAACAUUGUUAAAACUCAGCUUUGGAAUUUUCAAUGGAUAAAAUAUUGUGAAAUUAAAAUAAAUAAAAUUGAUAAUUCUAGUUAUUAUAAUAAACAGAAUAUUUUUUCUUUCCAUACAUUUAGCAGAUAUAAUAUUAAUAAUGAAAUAUAUAAAGAUAUGGAUGUAAAAAACAAGUAUUAUAUGUUUAAUCAAAUUAGAAAUAAAAAGAAUAGGAAAAAAAGAGAAAGGGUUACUUUAAAUGAAGAACAAAAAAAUACAAAAUUAAAAUUACCAAUUAUAAGAUUAGAAGAUAGAACUACAGUAUGUGAAACACCAAGUGUUAUUAGUAAAAAUAUUAAAAAAGAGAUUUUGAAAGUUUGUGUGGGAAAAGAUAGAACAAGAAGACAUUUUAAAUUUAGAAAUAAAUAUCGUAUUCGAAAAUUAUUAAGUCUUACACAUGAUAAAGAAAAUAUAAAACAAAAAAAUCCAAGUGCAUUUAUAACACCAUUAACCAAAUUACAACAUGAAUCAACAUUACCACGUACAUUAGAUCAUGAUAGAUUUACAUUUCCACACACCUUUCAAUAUUCAAUAAUUUGGCAUGGCUCUUCAAUUGUUGAUAAUGAAGAAAAUAAUAUAUGUUAUUUUACAGCUAAUAUAAAAGAUUUAUCCUUAUCAUCAAAAGAGAAAAAGAAAUUUAUUCAAGUCUUAGGUGAUGAGAGAGUAGAUUUAAAAAGCCAAUUAGUUUGUUUAGAGAGUAAUUUUUUUAAUACAUAUAAUCAUAAUGCUGCAUAUUUGGGUGACGCCCUACAGCUUCUAAUGAACAAAAUUAAAACAUUGUAA